AUGGCCAAGAAGCAGAGAACGCCUACUCUCUGCGAGUGGGCCCUGGGCUUCACCGUUGAGGAGAUCCACGCCCAGCAGCAGCGUCGUCGACAGAAGCAAGCGGGCCGCAGCAGCCAGGAGCGCUUCCGGGUCGAAAUCUCCACCGACGACGAGUCCGAGGAAGACACGCUCAAGAUUACGUACCCGCGUUCUAGUGGCGCCGAAAAGACCGAUACGAUGGUGAAGAAGGUCCGAUUCGAGAAGGAGCCCACCAAGUCCGCCAUCAAGAAGGGAUCCGACUCGGAAGCCUCCGAUGCGGAAGGGUCCAGAUCUAAGAGUAAGACGACUGAAGAUUCUGUUAAGAGCUCUGACUCGUCCAAGUCUUCUAAGAAGACGUCUGGUGAUAAGUCAGCCGACGUGGCUUCAGCCAGGAACAAGAAGACCAAAAAAAGAGCCAAGUUAGCCAAAGGAGACGACUCAUCUGGCUCCGAUGAAGAGACGCCGAAAAAUAAGAAGAAGCAAAACGGGAAGAAGGGCAAGUCCAAUUCUGCCGUUGCUGACGACUCGUCCGACUCGGAGAACGCGAAACCCGACAAGAAGAAGCACGAUAAGAGGCAAGCCGACAGAAAGAAUAAACAUGCGAAGAAAAUAACGGGUGAGGAAGACGAAGCAAGCGAUGAGAACUCUGACAGCGAAGAUGAGUCCCAAAAGAAAAAGAAAAUGAAAAUGAAGAAGGGUGAAAAGUCCGACAAAGACCCCAAGACCAAGGACAAGAAGGACAAGGCUGUCGUCAAAGAUAACAAUGUCGGACCGAUGAGCAAGAAAGAUCGAAAGGCCAAGGAGAGAAAGAAGAACGGGCCUUCAUCCGUGGCUUCAAGCUUCGAAAAGCUAAGGCCCGAAGGCUUUCCCCAGCCGCAUCCACGACUACCCAACCUCAUCAUGCCAAUUCGCGCCGAGGUCCUACAGGUCGAGCACACCAUCGAGGGAGCCGAAGAUCCUCGACCGAAUGCCUACCAUAGCGGCGAGCAUGGCAUUGUGCGUGUCUAUCAUGGUCCUGCUUAUGGCAAUCCAUACGGCAUGUUAUACCCCCGGAGAGACCUUACGAAAGCGAACUUGCCAGCUGGUAUGCCGCAUCCUGCGAGCAACCCCUGGCAACAAGGGUUUCACCAACCCUCUAACCCAGGAGACAUGCAAUUCAGCGGUCAAGCCCCUUGGAACUCUUUCCCACUUGGCUCACGGCCUGGCGACCCACAACCCCCUUUCGGCCCUGACGGUGUCGGAGCGGCUCCUGCCCCAACUCCUUGGGUUCGGGAUACGUUUGCGGGUAGGAGGGGAUCUCAUGAGUCCAUAAAGCAUAUGUCGCCGCCCUUCAUGUCCGGUGCGCUGAACGACGGCAUGCCCUCGAUGUCGGCCGGGGAUAAGGACAGAGCUUGGGACACCAAAACUGGACCGCCGGUUAGCGCUAAGCAGGUAUCCCCUUCACUUCCUAUAAACAUUAACAUGUACUCGUAUGCGGCUCGACCUGAUCCAUGGACCAAGGAGGGCCGGGAAAGGUACGCAAAUCUGGGCAAAGGCCCGGGGAAGUCCAGGAGCGACAUUCCCCUUGGCACCAAGGACUUCUGGGACGGGAGCUUACAAAAUAACAUGGGCCCUGCCAUGUAUAAUCGCGAUGAGGCUCGGCAAGGAAGUACAAACGGCAGCAAUAACAGCAACGACCGCUCGAGGGCAAAGCAUCAGGACCUAUGUUGGGGCCCUACGCACAUGACAGCCUCUGCAGACAGGAACGGCCCCGGCAGAACUAAUUGGAAGCAGACUGAUGGGAAUAAUGAUAUCCGUAAUGGAAGCCAGAACGGAUCCAACAGAGCCACAUGGACUGCGAACAACGAUUCAACCUGCGCUGCCACCAGCAAUGGUAACGGUAACAGUAAUGGCACUGAUUGGAACCCCAACUGGGAUCAUGACACCAACAAGCACUGGGCUACUAGUUCCAACAAUUCCAAGGGCUCAAAGACAUCGAAUCGUAGCGCGGCGAAACCACAGGCUGACGACUGGUGUGAUUCGAGCAACAACGUUGGCGUCAGCAGCGGCAAUUCGAACAAGUCGGGUGGCUCUGGGGGCUCGAAGAAGUCCAGCAAGUCGCAGAAAUCGACUGCGGCCGCUGAAGAUUAUACUAACAAUGCCGGCCCAGUUGGUGCACCUGGAGAUGCCGCUGAUUCUGGCAACGCCUGGGGCCCGACAGACGACUGGAGCAAGGGCAAUACUGGCGGUGAGGACCCUUCAAGCAAGAUGCCAGGAGCCUGGGAUUCAACGCCCAAUAAGGAGCAGAACGGUGGCUUCCCUUGGGGCGAUACCACGGCGGCGCAAGCCGUCCCGGACACGCAGUGGUAG